UGGACUAACUGAGAAAUUAUUUUGCGAAUAAACAGUCUAAAAAAUAGCUUUUAGUGUGUUUUUUAUAACACAUUUAUCCCCAAAAGAUCGAUAAGAAUUGGAAGAUGAAUUAAAAAUUGAAAAUAAAGAUUUUUCUUUGAUAAAAGACAUCUAAAUAUAUCGCUAUUUGUAACAAAAUAAUACAUUUUUUUAUUAAAAAAUGUAAGAAAAAAAUAUUGUUUUUUCUUAAUAAUUCCUUUGUGUAUAUUCUAUAGUGGAAUUUUUGGCAGAAAAAGACUCUUUUUAUUAUCCUUUAAUUUUGGAUGAGAGUUCUGGUAUUUUUUUGUAUUUUUUAAGAAAUAAAUUUUCUUAAGAGUAAAUAAUUAUUGAAAGUGAAAUAAAAACAGAAAAAACGUAAAAAAAUAUCACUGAAAGUGUAUAAUUUGGACUUAAUUUAAUCAUUUAAAAUCCAUAAGAAGAACUUUUUGAUUGUAUAAAAAUUUUAUUAAUAAAUAAACAAUUGAAAAUGAAUUAAUAAUUUUUUAAAAAUGAAGUAUUUUUGUUCGGAGAAAAAAUUAAAAUUCAUAAUAAUUUUCGUCUUUAUAUUAUUAUUGAUGAUUUAUUUUAUUAAAAGAAUAAAAAUAUUUUCGGUUAAAAUAAAUACGGCUUCUUUUUCUUCUUUUGUAGGUUUUCUGUUUAGGAUUGCUUAGAUGUUCUUUUUUAUAAAAGUUUAUUCCAUUCAUAUUUCUGGGAUUCUAAAAUAUCUAAUAUAGUGUAAAAAGAGCUUCAAUAGAUUAAAAAUGGAGAACUUUUAGUAGAUAAAUGUAUUCUAUAAUUAAUAGAAAAAAUGUAAAUCCAUAAAGAUAUUAGUGAUGUUUCUAUAUAUCCCUUUUUAAUUUAAGAAAUUAAUUUUAUGUAAAAAUAAGUGAAUGUGUUGAUUUCUGAAGAAGAUAAAAAAAAAAAAAAUAUGGCUCUUUUUGAAAAUAAAGAGAUAGUAUAUUAAAUUAUGUUAGAAGAAAGUUACUUUAAUUUAGAAUUGUUUGAAAUUCUUUAAACUGUAUAUGAUAAUUUUAAGGAUUUUUUUGAAAAAAUAUUAAUUGUUUUAGAAAAAAUGGGACUUUAAAAUUAAUUUAUGAAUUUUUUUUUAGUUGAAAAUGUAUUUUUUUGUGGAAAAGAAAUAUAAUAAGAAGAAGAAAGUUUAUAAAAGAAUUAAAAAAAUAAAAAUAAUAAUAAUUGGAUAAUAUUAUUCAAAAAGAAAAUA